AUGGCUGCACCAAUUCGCAACCCAAAAGACUCAAUGAAGUCGACCUGGCGUUCAUGGGACCGCUCAGAAUGGACGUUCAACCACUGGCUCCUUGAGUACUUGAACGUACAUCAUCUCGACCUAAAUGAAGAGGUCCCUGUUCAUCAGAAGACCGACAAAGUACCAUAUGCACCCGAGAUGCAAUUCCACCGCUGGGUUCUAACCUAUGCGUUCAUCCCCCUCGCCCUACAUCAACUCUACAUCAUCUUUGUGGGCUAUCCUCCAGCAUGGCUAGCAUUCAUCUUCUACAGCCUGGCUCUAGAAUUUAUCGCCGUGAAAGAAACGCAUAUUCUCCGACGCGUUGGCCACAAGAUCGGAUUCUUCGACGGAGACAAACACGCUCGCGACGGUGUCCCUGACGUGGGCGUCGGUAAAACGGCACAAAGCCUUCUAACCGUGAUCGCCCUCCGUCCCAUGUUGACCGUCUUCCUCGCCUACCGCUCCGACGAAGGCCCAUCGAGCAUGCGAUGGGGAUGGCUUAUUUUCGAGACCGGGAUGUACCCCCUCGUCAUCGAUUUCUGGUACUAUCUGCUCCAUCGAUCUGCUCAUGAGGUCGAGCACCUCUGGCAGUUCCAUCGCACCCACCAUCUGACGAAGCACCCCAAUCCCCUGUUGACUGCGUAUGCGGACACGGUUCAGGAGUUCAUCGACAUCAUCGGCACGCCUCUCAUCUCAUAUGGCACGAUGAAGCUUAUGGGCUUCCCCAUGGGCUUUUACGAAUGGUGGGUCUGCCAACAAUACGUCGUCUUCACGGAGGUUCUUGGUCACAGCGGCUUGCGUAUGAUUGCUACCGCGGUGAAUCCCUGGACGUGGCUGCUUAGACUGUGUGAUAUGGAGCUUGUGAUCGAGGAUCAUGAUCUCCACCAUCGCAAGGGCUGGAAGAACAGCCACAACUACGGCAAACAGACCCGAGUGUGGGAUCGGUUGUUCAAGACUUGGAUCCCUCGUGUAGAGGGACAUGCUGAUAACAUUGACUAUGUCAACACGGCAGAGAUUCCAUUGUUUUAA